AUGGGCUGCAGGCAGCACGCUUGCGGCCUGUCGGACGCUGCUCACAUCGAGAGCCUACAGGAGAAGUCUCAGUGCGCCCUGGAGGAGUACGUGAGGAGCCAGUACCCCAACCAGCCCAGCCGUUUUGGGAAGCUCCUGCUGCGGCUGCCCUCCCUGCGCACCGUCUCGUCGUCGGUAAUCGAGCAGCUGUUCUUCGUCCGCUUGGUAGGUAAAACUCCUAUUGAAACCCUCAUCAGGGAUAUGCUAUUAUCCGGGAGCAGCUUCAACUGGCCUUACAUGUCCAUCCAAUGAUCCUUAUAUGAGAGUGGAAAAAAGAGAGGAAAAAAAGGACCAAAAUUCAGCACCCCCACCCCAUCCUCCUUCAAGAAGACUAUAUAUAGGACCUUUUCUGAGAAACUUGGAAGACAUGACAUUUUUUUCUCUCUCUCUCUUUUUUGUCUUCUGGGACUGAGAUGGAAUACAUUAUGUACAGAAAAAUAUUGGAACUGGACUUUACACCUAUGUAAAUCCACCCUCAUCUUCAAGAACAAUACUCUUCAUUUUGUAAAAUACUAGUCUUUAUUUUCCUUUUUUGUAAAAAAAAAUACAAAUAAAAUGAAAAACAUCAUAUGCGCAGUAAGAAAAAAAAGAAUCAAGACUUAGCGGGAAAAUAAUGUUUCCAAGCAAUUAUAAGAAUUGUCCUGUGUCUAUGUACCUCUCUGUUUUGUAUUUUUUCUGGUUCUAAACCAGGGUUUCUGUGAUUCUAUACUAAUAAUUUUUGAUAUAACCUUUUGCUUCUUAUAAUGAGUGCGAUAUAUGUUGUCGAAGCUAUGUUCUCCAAGAAUUAAAAUUGAAGUGAGAAUUUAAAAACAAAAAAAUAAAGAAAUUUAGACAAAUAAGAAACAGUCUAAUCGCUAUGACAAUAUCACCACUGAUGGUUGAACUUUUUCCCAAUUGAUACUAUGGACCUGCAACUGCAGCAAACUGACCUCCAGGACAUUUUUACUGAGAGGACGUCUGGGGCGCCUUUCCCCGGGCCAUGAGUGCGUGUGGAGUCGAUCAUCAGUCAAAGAGGAGAGACAUGAAAAUCAAAAGCACUUUUAAUAUAUCAUUUCAAAUACAUUUUGUUUGUUUCGUCUUGAAAAUUUUCAUUGUUUCUUGAAUUUUAUUGGUUGUUGCCUUCAAUUUGCUUACUCCAUGAUGCAGCUUUUUGCAGAAGGGUCGGUUGAUGAAGUUGUGUGAUGGUGACUGUACUAUUAAAAAAAGAAAUAGGCAACGAUG